AUUUGCUAACACAUUUGCAAACAUACACUUAUAACACUUUCAUAAAUAAUAUCGAUUUAAAGAAGCUAAAACAAUAUGAAGUUUUCAGCUACUAGUAUUUUAGUUAGAGUGUUAGCUUUAACAAUGUUCAUUUUAGCAUUAAGCAAUGUGGGUGAGUCUAAGGGUUUGGGUUGGAAACAAGGACGAUCAAAAUCGAGCUAUGGCCGAAAGUCUUAUGGACUAAAGAGCCAUGGUUCCAAGGGUCGACAUGUGGGUCGUGGGCAUAACAAGCCUCCUACAUAUAGUAGUCCUACUCCAAUCCCUUCAAGCCCUCCUUUAAGCCCUCCUCUAAGUCCUCCUAAUGUUCCUCCACCUACCACUCUAACUCCAACUCCUACUCCUACUCCUACUCCUACUCCUACUAGACCUUCGGGUUUGCAGGUCGGCUUUUAUAAAGGUCUAUGCCCUAACAAACUAGUGGAUAUUGAGGCAGUGCUUGCAAUCAAAGUACAAGAACAUUUCCGAAAGGAUCCAACUAUUCUUCCUGCCAUCCUUCGUAUGCAAUUUCAUGAUUGUUUCGUACAUGGAUGUGAUGCAUCGAUCCUCAUAAAUGGACUUUCCACUGAGAAAGCAGCAGGUCCUAACCUUAGCGUAAGAGGAUAUGAAUUGAUUGAUGCCUUGAAAGCAAUUGCAGAAGCACAAUGUCCGGGUGUUGUUUCGUGUGCUGACAUUAUUGCCAUUGCUACUACAGAACUGAUUAAACUGGGAGGUGGACCGAUUUACUCCGUACAAACAGGACGAAGAGAUGGACUAGUGUCAAGAGCUCAAGAUGUAAAUUUACCAAGCCCUUUUUUGACCGUCAGUGAAACCAUUUCAGCAUUCAAUGAAAAAAAAUUUACAACAGAAGAAAUGGUUAUUCUUUUAGGUUGUCACACAGUUGGUGUCUCAAGCUGUGCAUUCUUCCAAGAUAGACUUUACCAAGGUACUACCCAAUUUGACCCAAUUAUGGACCCAACUCUUCGCCAACAACUUAUGCCAACAUGCCCCAAGGGCACAACGGCGAAUAAUUCCACAUUUCUUGAUCAAAAUCCACAAAGCUCAAACAUAGUUGACAACUCUUUCUUUGAUCAAAUCCUUAAGCAAAGAGGAAUUCUCCCAAUUGACCAAGCAUUGGCUCGUGACCCUAAAACGGUUCCCUUUGUUCAACAAUUCGGGCAAAGUGCUUCCUUAUUCAACACAAAAUUGGCUAGUGCCAUGGUGAAAUUACAAGCGCUUGAUGUACUAACAGGCAACCAAGGAGAAAUUAGAAAAACGUGUAGUAGGUUCAAUUAAUCAAACUUCAAAGUUGCUUGUGAUUCUGAAAAUUAUUAGCUGAUGAAGGUUGUGAUUUGUGUCAUAUCAGAUUAAUCCCAACAUUGUUAACUUGAUGAGCCGUUUUUAUAAUACAAUUAU